AUGAACCCGGCGGAUCGAGAAAAAGCAGAAUCCAUCGUCAGUAGGUCGUCGAAAAAAAAGAAGAAUCGCAAGAAACGAGCAAGACAAUGGACCGGAUAUGUGGAGAAUCUGAAGACCACGAUUGAUUUGAUGUAUGAAAUGUGCAGGAGUGAACAGUCGGUGGCAGGGUGUAGGGAAGCAAUGCUAUAUCUCCAAUCAUCCUCCAACGACUUCAAAUCGCUCAUCGAGACCAUAAACGUUGAAAAACAAUGGGACCAGGAUGAGAAUAAUCCGCAGGAGACAAUAAAACGGCCCUCAGUGGCUUGGGAAGUCCGAAAAUCCAUGUCAUCGCCGAAUGCAAAUGCUCUUCCGAUAUCCACGAUUAUUGCUGAAGCCGUGAAGAAUGUAUCACCCACUAGUCCAAAUCAGAAGUCCUCUGAGCCCACCGCCUCCUCGCAAUCCAACCUCACCUACGCCCGAAUAACAGCUGCCGCGGCCGUGGCCGCCGUCGCCGUUUCCUCUUCCACGGCACCAGAAGAUGGAUGGAAGCUAGUGACAAGUCGCCGUCGAAAAUCCACAUCCAGCACUACAGUAUCCGAAUUUGACAGAGAAUUUUCGGUGGAGAAAGAGACAGAGCUCCCAGCAAAAUCACAAUCUACAGAACCCCUCAAUGUCUAUGAGAGGUUGUCUUCAACAUCGUAUCGACGAGGUCCACCAACCACAAAUCGAACGCUAACAUGCCCGAAAUCAGCGAUGGAUUUGCCUCAAACAAGAGCUUCAAUGGCAAAAAUGGCCUAUAGUCGACAGCUGUUAUGGGAGAAAAAUCAGCAGGUUCUAGUGGAGAAAUUGCGGCAAAAACAGAAGAAAGAGAAAAGAGGGACAUCGGGACAAACAGGAGGACAGUGUGGAUUCACAUUUGCUGAUCCAAUGGCAGUUAGGAAGAGUGUCGAGGCUUUUAAUCAGCAGAAAAUUGGAGGGAGACGAGGGGGAAAAGAGACACCCUCCCCAUCCUCUGCCAAUGCCGAACUUCAAUCAAUAAACGAAGAAUCGAAUCCUCCCAACGCCCCAUCGUCCGAAAAUUCAGAAGACGUCGUUCCAGCAGACCCGACGCCUUCUUCAUCAGCUUCUCAACCGACCCAAUCUCGAAAUGGAUCCCUUUUUGGCUAUGUGGCCCUUCCAGAAGAGCUGGAAAAAGAUGAUGAAUGGAGAGAGAUGACAGAGGAGGAAGAGUCAUUGGCACUGGAAGAAAACAGUUUGAAUUUGGAAAUAAAACAAGCGGAAUCCAUGGAAAUAGAUGCGGAACUCGAGAGACAGGUUGAAAUGGAAGCGGCGAGUUUGGAGAGAGAGCAGAAGAGGAAGACGCAGAGAAAGCAGAAGGAGGAGAUGGAGAACUUCUUCAAAGUCUUCGAGGAGAUUCGGAAUUCGGCUUGGUCGGAGCUCAUGGAGCAGGAAUCGGUGGCGACGUACCAUCAGAAGUCUACUCAAAAAUCGAUUCAUGAGCCGGGAACGCCAGUUGAGAGACAUGAGAAGAUGUCGAGUCCUUCGAGAAGACGUUGUCAGAAGGAUGAUGAUGAUUUUGGGAAGAGGCAUGAGAUGAAACAGAAGCAUGCGGAGGAGUUGAGACAACAGCUUCAGGAUGCGAAGACGUUCAAAUUGAAGGAGCUGACGACGAGAAGAGAGGAAGUUAGAGCCAAGCAGGAAGCGAUUCGAGAACAAAAACGCCAGUUCCUCGAAGCGCGAAUGCAGCGUGCCUCCGACAAUCGUGAUAAGAACAUAAUGGAAGUGAUUCGAAAAGCCAAGGAUGACGACCAACGAGUGAUGGAGGUGAAAUUCAUUGCCACGUUGCAAGAGGAGAACAAACAGUACGAAUUACGAGUGAAAGAUGCGAAAGAAGAGGAGAAACUGAAGCAGUUAGCAGAUGAGAGAGCCAAAAAGCACGAGGAAAAGGCUCAGAAGAAGAGGGAGCAAGAGGCGGCGGCAGUGAAACGAAGGAAACACGCGCAAGAGGUGCGCCAGACGAAGAUUCGGGAGUUGGCGGGAGAGAAGGCUCCAGAAGACAUGCUGGAGUACUUGAACUCGUUGGUAGCUUCUCCAGAAGAGCCAACAGAAGCUCCUGCAUUCCUCUGGCCAAGCUCCGCCCCCUCGGAUCGCCCACGUGAAUGCGCUCUGUGCCCAUCUACAGUGAUCCGAUCGGAUUUGGAAGCGGUUGCUCAUGUGGUUUGCACUAAAGAGCACUCGUUGCAAGCCAAAAUGAUCAGUUCUGGAAGUCAAGUUGAGGAGCUGAAAAGGCAUUUGUUUGGGGUUUUCAAGGAGGUGGGGGAUACGGUAGAAGCUGAGAAAAAAGAACAAGAGGAGAGCAGAAGGAAGGAUGAGCAAUCGAUGAAGGCACGGGAGAUUUUGGAGAAGAUCCAAAUCGCCGAGACCCUUCCCGGACCGCUUGCUUCCCCUCGAAAUCGUACCAAAUUCGUCCGAGAGUUCAACAUGGCAAUCGACAAAUAUUGCAGUUCGAAAUUCGACGAAAAACUACAAGAAAACGUGGAAAAAUCGCUCCACGACCUCGUUCAAGCCGUCGAAUCCGAUCAGAAGCAUCAAGAAUCGUGCCUGAACCUGGAUCAAUUUUGUGCACUUCAGGGACCACAAAAAAUGAUUGAUUUGCUGUUGGAUUGGACUAAAAACGGGAUUUCUAUGAGACUUUGCAUCCGGAUUUGUCAUUCUCUAUGUAUUUUUCUGAAGGAUCCCCGUGUAGCCUAUGCUGUGAUUUUCAAGCCGGAACUGUUGAAAAUCGUGGAUAAAGUGAUGGAAUUGAUUUGGAAUUUCAGUGAUUCAACGAAGACUCCACAGCUAUCAGGCCUCCUUGAUAUCCUAGGGACUUGCCUGAAAUCUGCGUCUCUUUGGAUCUCUCAAACCCCUCAGAAACAUCAAGUGAAGCUUCAUCGGGAGCUUCUGGCUCUGAACGCCUCGAUUGCAGAGACUAUGCAAGCACUUGGAGCACUUUUCCAGGGCUCACUGGCUUCUGAAGACCUCAAAAAUGCUCUUUCGGGGUGUAAAGCUCCAGGCUUAUUGGCCACGCGGCUCCUUGGAUUUGCGGAGCACACGAGCCCAGAAUUCUUGGAGCAAGUCUCGACGGCGAUUCUGAAGUAUACAUAUGACGUCAAGUCGUUUUCUGAGCAUCUGGAGAGAUCGGAGAACUCGGAAAAGGCGGGAACCUCUCAAAAAGUAACGGAUCAUCUCGUGUCAAUGGUGAUUUCUACGUAUUCGGUGAAUCCCAGAAUUCUGAAGGCGUGCUUCUCGAAGAGCUCCGGGCCUCAGAAUCUGGUCAUGAUGGUCGUGCUUCUGGAAGAUUCUCUAUGGAAGUGUGCACAGAAUAUUAGGAGCCAAGGGCAUGUGGAAGAGAGACCAUGGGGAGCGCUGACAAAAGACGAGGAGGCGCUGUGUAAGCUGAGCCAACAUCUCGGAGCAAUUGUGGAUCAGAUGGAGCAAUGGCAGAAGCGCACUACAAUGAUCUCCUGGACCACCGGCCACUCAGCAUGCCUUCACAUUCUCCUCCAUAAAAUCCCAAUCCGCCUACUCUCGAUUGGAAAACACGCGAAACGAAUCGUUCCUACUGUAGCUGAAAAAAUCAUGGAUCGAUUGACGAAUUCGGAAAAAUCGGAAAUGAUGGCAGACACAUCGGCCGAUUGGAUUUUUGAGAAUUCACUGUUUCCUGGAAGACAGAAUUAG